AUGACUUCCAAGGAGGACGGCAAGGCGGCGCCGGGGGAAGAGCGGCGGCGCAGCCCGCUGGAUCACCUGCCGCCGCCCGCCAACUCCAACAAGCCGCUGACUCCGUUCAGCAUCGAGGACAUCCUCAACAAGCCGUCUGUGCGGAGAAGUUACUCGCUGUGCGGGGCGGCGCACCUGCUGGCGGCGGCGGACAAGCACGCGCCGGGCGGCUUGCCCCUGGCGGGCCGCGCGCUGCUCUCGCAGACCUCGCCGCUGUGCGCGCUGGAGGAGCUCGCCAGCAAGACCUUUAAGGGGCUGGAGGUCAGCGUCCUGCAGGCAGCUGAAGGCCGCGACGGGAUGACCAUCUUUGGGCAGCGACAGACCCCUAAGAAGCGGCGAAAGUCUCGAACAGCCUUCACCAACCACCAGAUCUACGAGUUGGAGAAGCGUUUCCUCUACCAGAAGUACCUGUCCCCCGCCGAUCGCGACCAAAUCGCGCAGCAGCUGGGCCUCACCAACGCUCAGGUCAUCACCUGGUUCCAGAAUCGGCGCGCCAAGCUCAAGCGGGACCUGGAGGAGAUGAAGGCCGACGUGGAGUCCGCCAAGAAACUGGGCCCCAGCGGGCAGAUGGACAUCGUGGCGCUGGCCGAACUCGAGCAGAACUCGGAGGCCGCGGGCGGCGGUGGCGGCGGCUGCGGCAGGGCCAAGUCUAGGCCUGGCUCUCCGGCGCUCCCUCCAGGCGCCCCGCAGGCCCCGGGCGCCGGGCCCCUGCAGCUCUCGCCCGCCUCCCCGCUCACGGACCAGCCGGCCAGCAGCCAGGACUGCUCAGAGGACGAGGAAGACGAAGAGAUCGACGUGGACGAUUGAGCGGCGCCCGGGAUCUUCCAUCGCGCCGGGCCCCUAACGCCCGUCUGCCCGCCGCCUCCCGGACCGCCGAGGGGAGCUGGGACCUCC